CUAUUGCAUCACCCUCCGCUCUCUCCGCUCAUUCUUCCGGCGGGAUUUGGCUCCUUCUCCCUGACGAAUUUCCUCCAUAUCAGCUGACCGAUCGGUGGCCUCCCUACUGGAGAAAGCACUAUCUAUUAAGGGUUUCAUUCCUUGUUCAAGCCUUCAAGCUUGCGCCACCUGAAGCGGAGGGAUCUCGCAACCCUCACGUGUUGGUCUGACAACUACCGCGAAGGAGCUGCAUAAAUCCCUGUAAAAUCAGAAGCCCUAGCUUCGGAUUUUGCAGAUCCGUGGAGAGAAUUCCUAGAUCUCUGCUUGCUGCCCCUGCUCCCGGGUUUUAUUUUCGUGUUCAUCCAUCUGGGUUGUGGGUUUUGACUUCUGGGUAAUGGGUUGGAGAUAUAAGGCGGGGUUGUUCUUGAUAGCUGCUGUUGUUGUCAUAUGGGUCACCUCCGCCGAAGUUACCCAGGGUAUAUUUACAAAUUACAAACAACCAUUUGCUGUCACAUAUCUUGGAGCUUCCCUUAUGGUAGUUUACCUCCCGGUUGCAUUCUUUAAAGACUGGCUGCAGAAAGUUCUGAACCGUAAGUCUUCAAAAGGUGGUAAAGGUUCAGAAAACAAGAAAGAGUCUUCUGAUGGAUUUAACUCUCCUCUAAACCGGAAAAUCGUUGAAAUGGAACUUCAGGGAACUUUGAGUAAGAAAGAUAGUGACUCAGCUCUUUCAUUGCAAGAUGAGGACAAGCCGUUAGUCCCGAGAGGCAAAGAUGACCUCAAUGUGCUGAGAAUUGAGAAAGAACUCAGCAACAAACAAGUUGCAAAGUACGGGUUUUAUAUUGCACCACUUUGGUUCGUCACGGAGUAUCUAUCAAAUGCUGCUCUGGCACGCACAAGUGUUGCAAGUACAACAGUUCUGUCAUCAACUUCAGGACUUUUCACCCUCUUCGUUGGUGCUUUCCUAGGCGAAGAUUCUUUGAAUUUAUCGAAAGUCAUAGCUGUGCUGGUGAGUAUGGCUGGUGUUGUUAUGACUACUUUUGGAAAAACAUGGGCUGCUGAUGAGUCACAACUAAGUGCCUCUAACGAUGGAGAACGCACUCUUGUUGGUGAUUUAUUUGGCCUUCUCUCUGCAGUGUGUUAUGCACUAUUCACAGUACUUCUCAAAAAGUUUGCUGGUGAAGAAGGAGAAAGAGUUGAUGUGCAAAAGUUGUUUGGAUACAUAGGGUUGUUUACCCUUGUAGCCCUGUGGUGGCUUGUGUGGCCAUUGACCGCCUUGGGAAUAGAGCCCAAGUUUACGAUCCCACAUUCCGCGAAACUUGAUGAAAUUGUUCUUGCUAACGGCUUCAUUGGGAGUGUCCUCUCUGACUACUUCUGGGCACUGUGCGUUGUAUGGACAACCCCGUUGGUAGCCACCUUGGGCAUGUCACUGACAAUCCCCCUCGCCAUGGUGGCGGACAUGGUGGUCCACGGUCGUCAUUAUUCAGCAAUCUACAUACUUGGCUCGGUUCAGGUGUUUGCUGGAUUUGUGAUUGCUAAUCUUUCAGACCGACUGUCCAAAACGAUAGGCUUGUAACAUAGGUGUUCUUCGGACUUUUGGGUUUCUUACGCAUUGGAAAAUUCUUUGUUUGGGAAUCUCUUUAAUCUCCCAGAUCUUAUAUGAAUAAGUAGCUUUGAUCCGGAAGUGUAAGUACAUACAGGUGAAAUGGAGUGUUGUGAGUAGCACUGUUAAUGAAUCAAGCAAGCCGCUCAUGAAUGACUCAGCGUCCGACUCGAGAAAAACUUGUUCAACAUUCGAUUCGUCUUAAUCGAGCUGGCUCGCGAACAAGCUCGUUAACUAAACGAGCCAAAUUCGAGUCAUACCAUGUUCAACUCGAAAGCUCACAAACAAGCUCAAUUAAUUGUUUGGCAUCAUAAAGGAUUGGAAUUCAU